UAAGAACGGAGAAGGAGAAUCGAGCCCUAGCGAGUAUUGGACUCUUCAAGUGACGAGCCUUCGAAGCUGCCCUCGCCCCUUCCCUUCCGACGACGGUUCAGGCUUGCAGCACCAGAUCCGGAGGAGAGUGAUUCCAGAAAAUGUCUCGGAGGUAUGAUAGCCGUACGACGAUUUUCUCCCCAGAAGGUCGCCUCUACCAAGUGGAGUAUGCGAUAGAAGCCAUUGGAAAUGCAGGAACUGCUAUUGGGAUAUUAUCGAAAGAUGGAGUUGCCCUAGUUGGGGAAAAGAGGGUGACUUCUAAACUGCUCCAAACAUCCAAGUCCACCGAGAAGAUGUACAAGAUCGAUGAUCAUGUUGCCUGUGCUGUGGCUGGUAUAAUGUCUGAUGCCAACAUCUUAAUUAACACUGCAAGAGUCCAAGCCCAGCGCUAUACUUAUGCUUACCAGGAGCCGAUGCCAGUCGAACAGCUGGUUCAAUCUCUAUGUGAUACUAAGCAAGGUUACACACAGUUUGGGGGGCUCCGUCCAUUUGGUGUCUCAUUUCUGUUUGCAGGUUGGGAUAAGAACUUUGGCUUCCAGCUCUACAUGAGCGACCCUAGUGGCAAUUAUGCUGGUUGGAAGGCGGCUGCAAUUGGGGCGAACAAUCAGGCAGCCCAGUCAAUGCUUAAGCAGGAUUAUAGGGAAGACAUAACCAGGGAAGAAGCUGUUCAGCUUGCAUUGAAGGUGCUUAGUAAGACCAUGGACAGCACAAGCCUUACAUCAGAGAAGCUUGAACUAGCUGAGGUCUUUCUCUCCCCUUCUGGGAAGGUGAAGUACGAGGUUUGCUCACCAGAGACCCUCAGUAAGUUGUUGGUGAAGUAUGGAGUGACCCAACCUGCUGCUGAAGCUUCUUGAGUUUAUUCUCCUGUCUAUUGUAUUUUCAUAUGACUUGGCUUCAGGAAAUGUUGGGUUUAUCUUCAUGUGUUAAUUCGACCCUCGUUGAGAUUGAAAAUCUUGAACCAAAUGUUUGAUUGUCCACCUUAUAGGUGGAACUUUGAGCAAAGUAGUUAUUUUUCUU